AUGAACGGCAGAUCCGCGAUACCGAAUCGCAAUAGCUACUCCCAGACGCCGUUGGCUGCCCGCCUUGACCGUGAGCGUCGGCGUUGGAGCUCAAUCAAUGAUCAGGCUGACUUCAUGUCGUCCUCCAAAGGCAAAGGCAAAGCCCCUGCUACCAAUUCUGAACAAAACUCUCAGCCUCAAUCGCAACCAGGGCCUUCUACAUACAAGAAACCCCUACCCCCUAGAACAGGAUAUGAUGCAGACGUGCUCCGUGAGAUGUGCGACACUGUCCGCACCAGUCUACAUGAGGGUCGCCCUGAACCUCGAUGGGAAGAAGUCAUGGGAUUUCUGAAAGCAGUUUUGAGGGACGAGAAUGACGGUAGUCGUGCCAUAGAAUUCGACACCAUCCGGAACACGCACCUGAACAAGCUUAUAUCGGAUAUAAUGGAUCCGAAAUAUCGACAUCCCAGGGUACCCACGAGAUUUGCAGCGGAUAUUCAACUGGUUGAACGUUUAGAGCGCAAAUGGAUCGAGCGGUUUCGAGGUCCCUACUUUCAUAUCGAGGAGCACCGCUACCGCGAGCUGCCCAAGAAGGGCCGGCUCAGAGAUGUGACGCCGAACCUUGAUGCUGAAAAUCCUGAGGACCGCUGGCAAGCCAAUAAUGGUGAGACACUAUCAGAGAUGGAGGGAAAUCUGGAGAUCGAACCUGGGCACUGGUGGCUCAAUUUGGCUUGCGCACAUCGCGAUGGUAUCGUUGAUAGCAACCGCGAGAAACCUACCAAAGGGAAAUACGGAGUUGCCGUUCUGCCGUUGCUAACUGGGCAAGAGAAUAUUGACUACGAUGACGGGGCCAUACGAUAUGUCAGACAAGGUAGAAUCGCAGACAUUCAUGUCUCGCUAAUAUCUCAGGUGGGUGCCACAUUUCGCAUCCUGCGCGGCUAUCACCUCAGAAGCCCUUUUGCACCAAAAGCCGGUAUACGUUACGAUGGUUUGUACACAAUACGCCGAUAUAGUCAAUGGUUUAACGAAGUCAGCGACCGGCACCAUAUGAUGCUGACUCUGGAAAGAGUGAGUGACCAGCGUCCAAUAGAGGAUAUACUUAAUAUACCCCGUCCAUCUGAGGUAGACGAUUGGAACCUCUACCAGAAAUACGAGAGCGAGUUAGUCAAACAGAAGAAAGGGGCCAAAGCUUUUCUGGAUUAG